GAAGAAAAUUAGUCAGUAACGAUAUUGUAAUUGUAAACAAAUCAUGGCAUUGUCACUAGACGAUAAGUUACUAGGUGAGAAAGUAGACUAUUAUUGUAGUAGUAGUGAAGAUGAAGAUGGGGACGGUAAACCUACUAAUAAAGAAAGACUACCAGAAAUAAAACCACCAGAUACCACCUAUCCUGGCUACUGUACAAAUACUGGCCCGAAAGGUGUAUUAACAGACUGGAGAGAGUACAAGAGAUUAGAAACAGAGAAAAGAGAAAAUCAGGAAAAAGAGAGACAAGCAUUAGCUAAAAAAUUAACUUUAACUUGUAGAUCUCAUUUGGAUGAUGAAGCUGAGAAAGAGAAAGAUGAAGAUUUUUUAAAAGAACUGGAAGAGUUAGAAGAUGAGUUUAUCAAAGAAUAUAGAUUAAAACGGUUAGAAGAAAUGAGGAAAGCUUUAGAUAAUGUCCCUAAAUUUGGUAGAGUAGUAGAACUUACAUCUGAUAGUUUUGUUGAAGCUGUAGAUAAAGAGAAGCCAGGUGUAACUGUUAUUGUUCAUUUAUUUGAAAAUAAUGUUGAAGCUUGUGAAGCUAUGAAUGGAUGUUUGUUAUGUUUAGCUCAAGAAUAUCCUACAUUUAAAUUUUGUAAAUUAAAAGCAUCAGAAGCUAAACUGAGUAGUAAAUUUAGUAAAAUAGGAGUACCAGCACUGUUAAUAUAUAAAAAUAGUGAAUUAAUUGGUAAUUUUGUCAAUCUAGCUAGCCAUUUAGGGGAAGAUUUUUAUGCUGUAGACGUGGAGAGUUACCUUCAAGAAUAUGGGUAUUUACCAGAUAAAGAUUUAGGUGCUCCUGUUAUACGUGAUAAACACACUGGUCAAAUACGUGGCU